AUGACAUUAGCUUUGUCUACAUUAUACGAUCUUGUAUUUGUUACUUCAGCUCCCUUAUACUCCUCUAUGAAUACUUUUUGGAAUUCUUUUCAUAAUUCUUUGGAAAUUAAUAAAUACAGCAUAGAUGGGCAUCGACGGGUAUUAUCUAUAAUUGCUAAUGAUUUUAACUAUGAAGUUAUUAAAAAAAACUUAGGCGUUUUGAAUGAUUUAAUUUGUGUUGUACGAAAGCAUGCACGUAUUUAUAGGCCUGGAGGAUUAGUUACUAACAAACCUGUAAUUAGACAUGAAAAAAAUGUU